AAGCACAUCAAGUGCCCAGAAUGUUAUGAGACCGACUCAAUCGACGUCCAGUGGACAUCAGGAGCCUGCAGAACAUUUAAUUCAGCAGCGUACAAAUGAUGUUGCAUAUCCUCCAUUGUGUACCACUGCAUCAACUAGUGGCGGUCAACAACAUCAAACUGGUAUUAAACUUGAGGAAACAUCAACGCAUGUAAAACACGAGGUGCUUUACUUUUUGGAUGAGGUUAUAGACGUUGAUCAUGAUGAAUGUGAAGUUGAAGAUUUCCCUGAAAAUAAUAUCGAUUUCAGUUACGAUGAUGAUGAUAAUUAUUUACCUAACGACAAUACUGUGAACAGUUGCAACAGUUCAUCAAUUGCACAAUCUUCUCAGAUCAGCAAUGACGACAGUUAUGAAUAUAAUAUGAAUGAUGUACGUGUAUUGGGUACACCUUCGAUCGCAGUUCCGUCAACAGUGACACCUAUUCUUUCCUGUAAUCUAAAUAAGGCAGUCGAUGAUAGUUUGAAGACAAAUCUAUCGCAGAAUUUUAACGAAGGACUUACAUCGGCGAUAUCACUUCAGGGGACAGACAUCCUUCUUUUAAAUAAUGCAUUGUUGAAUUUUAACGAUAUACCAAUGCCAAAAACAUCUUCGUCGAUUCAAUUUCAACCGCCAAGACUGGCUUCUCCGAAUAAUUCGAAUUUAUCAACGUGUGGUACCAUCAAAAAACAAAAUGUGCGACACUAUAAAUCUGUCAAUCCAUUUACAUCUGCUCCUGCAAACGCAUGCAAAUUCCCACGAGUGUCUGAUAUUCCUCAAUCAAUACUUAGUCCAAACGAACCAAUUGUCCCUCUCUCUGAUAAGUUUUCCAGGAAAAGGAAAAAUGCAGAUAUCAACAUCGUUAAGAUUGAAGAGGCAGUAAGCCGUUCAGCAGAUGAUUUGCACUCAGUUGCUAUUAACAUGAAUCAGACAAUGCAAUUGAAAGCAGAAAUUUUAAGAAAGCAAUUGGAGCCUGCAGCUUCAGAUCCACUGUUUCGACUUUUAACACACAAUUGGGUGCAGCUUUCUCUUCGUGCUCAAGGUGAAAUACUAGCCCCAGCUUUAGACAUUAUGGAGAAAUAUGUAGAUACUCCAUAGUGGUUAUAAUCAA